AUGAUUGUCAUGUACGGGUUUCAACGCGUGCUGGCAGAUUGGGAUCAUGCGUUGCAGAACCGCUUGACUGUUGUCCGUGCCGCCAAGACGAAGUCGCUGAAGUCCAUGCGGGACAGGAUCGUCAGGCACGCGUGUGAACUGGCCGUCGACAUCGUGUUGACCGAGCCCGGCGUGGGCCAAACUUCGGGCGCUCGCGCAACUGCUGUCCAUGCGGCCCUCCCUGCGGACAGCGCAGCCGAUACCGGUCGGGGCCCAACGGUAUCCCCACCCGCGAGUAAGACACUUGUUGGCGAAAACGCGGAAAUCGUUACCGAGGUUGCGGGUGAUUAUUCCGCGGGAGCCAACAGGGAGGCCGGUGCCGCAGAAAAAGGCAAAGAUGUUUCCGCGGGAACCGUGGGAAAUGCCCUCGCCACGAACAAGGCCAGUCCACCCCGCGUACAGGAAGUGAGAAGGGAGGUGGCCGGGCGACCUGGUGGCAGUGAUGAUGUCGGAAAGGGGCCGCGCAAGAGUGGCAACCGUUCGUUUGAGGAGCUGUCUAUUUUGCCUCACCUCACGCUUGUGCACGAGGUAAUGCGUCUCGAGGCCGACGUCCGUCGGGUUAAGGACAUGGCCAAGACGCAGGAAAGGCAGUUGGCACAGCAGCGCGAGAAGUUGUCCGAGCUGAUGGGUUGGGUGUCGGAGAACCAAGAGGCCUUUGAGCGCGGGAUGUUAACCAUGAGCCGCAUCGAGGCCCGCCUCGACGAAUCGGACAAGCGCGGGCGCGCUGAUGUUGCUGACGUGGUCCAGGAGAUCCGUGUGGAGAGGGCGAAUGCGAUGUCGCAAAGGGAGACGUCAGCACUCACACUUGCACGUAUUGAGGCGAUUGUGGCGGAUCUGAAAACCCUUGUGCCUUCCGCGAUCAACGAUGUCGGUGAGCGGACCCGCACGGAGGUUUGGCACAAGCUGGUCGACCUCGAAGACUCUGUGGCGCGGGCUGCGGAGCGUGGUGCGGGCGCGGGGGCUAUGAUCCUGAGGGCAGUUAUGGGGAACAUCGGGGGAAACGCUGGGCCGAUUGCCACGCAAAUGAAUUCCGCGGGUCGGGAUCCCAAACUCGGAGCCGGUGCAGCGGGUGACGAGUGCCUGCCGCAGAUGCUUGCGGGCGGUGGUGAGCCAGUGCGUCACGAAAAGCGCUCUGUUCCUCAGAGUGCCGAGGGCGAGGCUUCCAACCGAGCGAACAAGGUGAAGAGUGCUGCUGGUAUGACUACUGCUGGGCCGAAACUGGCCGCUCCUGCGGUUGCUGCUUCAAAGGACGCUAUUGUUGCUUUUGGAAUGCUGGCGAGUGCGGCGGCGGGCACGAGUGAGGGCGCGGACGAAUCCGUUGGCGACGAGGAGGCCGAGGCGAGGGAUGCGCGGAGGAAGUAUCUUGAGGCGCGAGCAGCGGCGAAAGGUGCUGGUCGUGGGGCUGAGGGGGGGGGCUCUAAGAGUGCCGAGAUAAUUCAGACGCCGAUGGUCGGUGUCCGUGUUAUUCCGGGCCAAAAAAACCCCUUCGCGGUUGAGCUUCAUCAUGGUGGCGAGCGCUUCUACCUCGGCACGUUUCCACGGGCAGGCCCCGCGCGCUAUCUGUCCGCGGUGGCACAGACCGUGUGGCACGACCGCGUGCAGAAGUCUGAGUUGGUGCUCACGGAUCAGGAGGAGGAGGAAUGGACUCUCGAUCUCGAUCUCGCCCGAAAGAUGACCGCGGGGCUUUACGCUGUUAUUUUCAUCAGGAAAUUGGCCGCGAAUCACAAGAGGAUGUUGAACAUUUUCAAGACAACUCGCGGAUUCUUGGACUCGAAGGGGAAGCCCACGGUCGAGUCCGCGAUUUGUGCUGCAAUUGGCCUUGAAGCCGCGGAUGACGAAACGGGGGUGAAAGGGAAAGCUCAGAAGGCGCUCUACGCGGGCGCGUUGGCGUUCGGAUGUGCAGCCGUGUGGAGCUUGACCUCGGCUUACACUCGCGGGAGCACGACGGGUGGGUCGAAAACGCCCUUCGAAGGGGUUACCGCGGAGCAUCGUUCUGCUGCGCUUCAGAGUGCCACGGCCGCUGCAAAGCUGUGUGGCGCGACCGCGGAUAAUCUGUCUGGAAUGAAAGCUUGCUGGGCAGACGUGUACGCGACAAUUCGGAAACGUCAAGGUGCUCAGAUGCUGUCCGCGGCUUCCGUUGAGAAGAGUGUGCUGAGUGUAUACACGGAUCCGGAAGACAAUACAGUCCCUGUUUGCGUGCCCCUGUUUGUCGAAGUCGCCGCCAACUGGAACUACGAUGGAUCUGCGUGGCCAUCCUCGAAAGGCGUGGGCCUUUACCUCGACUGCGAAAAAGCCCGGCAGGCAGCGAAAAAGAGGGGGAUGCGUGGGAAAGGAAAGAAAGGGGACGCGGCCGAGAAGAUUGUGAGGAAGGGCGAUGAGGCAGAGCACGAUGACGAGGACGACGACGAAAAUGACCCGAUUUUGUUGGGCGGCUACGAAAGCAACGAGGAGUUGGCCUGA